UAAAUUGUAACAAAGCAAGAAACACACUUGUGAGAAAAAUGUGCUCUCGUUGCAUGGUUAUUCUUCAUAUUGUUUACACUGUUAAUAAAAACAUAAAGUCGUUUGAAUAAUAAUCUACUUUAAAAACUAAGUUUUCUCGAUAUAGUAACUCGUAUUUUAUUAUUUCUCAACAAUGUCCAGUUUUGCUAAAGCUCAAUUAUUGAAGUUCGGCUGGACAGAAGGCAAAGGAUUGGGAAAGCACGAAAAUGGAAUAGUCGAAGCUUUAAAACCAAAGUUGAAGUUUGACAACACCGGCAUCGGUCAUGAUGCCAAAGAGUUCAAAUGGUGGGAAUCUGUGUAUGAAAAGGCAUCAAAAAACGUGAAGAUUAUUCCAGUAGUAGGUGAUCAAAAGGAAGUAAGAAUGACAGUAAAAGAAUCGGAUGCCCUCCAGAUUUCAACUUCGCAAUACACUCUGGAAAAUUCCUUCAAAAAAGCUCAAUUGCAGUAUGGAAAUUUUCUAAAAACUUGUACUCUCGAUAACGGUAGAGUGAAGCCUGAAACAAAUGUGCCGGAAAUUAAAGAAGUGAGAAUCGGAGAAGAAUUGACAGACGAACAACUUUUCAACGCUUGCGGUGGAAGAACAGCUCACAAAGGUGCCAGACAUGGCUUAAAACUGAGUGGAAAAUUGGCCCGAAUUGCACGUCAAGAGGCGUUGCUCCUUGGAGUCAGCAGGGAGGUUCAGUCUGCAGAAAACAAGGAAGGAAAUAGUGGCCCGGUGAAAGAAAGAAAUAAAAAGAAAAGAAAACGCGAUAAAGGUACAAAAAUCGAGGUGAUUGAUUUAGAAACGUUAGAAAACGUGGUUCGUGCAAGCUCCGAUGAAAAUAUUCUUUCUGAUACUUCCGAAAGACUGCAAAUCAGUAAAAAAUCAAAGAAAAGUAGAAGAAAGGAAAAACGUCGUUUCGAAGAAUUGGCAAGCAAAUUGGGUUCCGUUGCAAUCAACGACGAGAAGGAACCUAAAAAAAUAAUUACCAUUAAUUUAGAACACGAGGAAGAAGAAAUUGUGAAAAGUGCCAAAUUCACUGAAACCGAACGCGCCAACUUUCGUAUUGAUAAAAAAAAGAAAAAAUCUUCGAUCAAGAAGGCGAACAAACGACUCGAAAGUCUUUCGGACUCUUUGAUGGCUUUCGAUUUGAACGAUAAUUCCAUCCAAUCGGAACGUUUGAGCGAGGAAUUAACCUCAAAAUUGAAAAAAAAGCGUAGAAAGAAAAAAGAAAUAGGCAAAUUGAAGAAAUCAAAAAGUGUUUGAUUCUUCAAUUAUACAAACACACAUCAAGUAAUAAAACUUUAGGAGAUCUCGAUAAUAAAUAAAUUCUUUCAUAUUUUCUUCAAUAAAUAAUGUUUAUUGUACGGA